AUGAAAUCGACGAGAAGAGAGUAAGCCCUAGCAAGCACAGUAGCUCCGUCGAGAGGAGAAGCCGCGUCUACAAGAUGACUGUCAAACGCAGGAACGGUGGCAGGAACAAGCAAAACCGAGGCCACGUCAACCCAAUCAGAUGCUCCAACUGCGGCAAAUGCUGCCCAAAGGAUAAGGCCAUUAAGAGGUUCAUCGUGAGGAACAUUGUGGAGCAAGCUGCCAUUAGAGAUGUUCAGGAAGCCAGCGUCUACGAUGGGUACGUAUUGCCGAAGCUAUAUGCGAAGACGCAAUACUGUGUCUCCUGUGCGAUCCACUCUCACGUCGUCAGAGUCCGAUCCCGUACCAACCGCAGGGUUCGUACUCCUCCGCCGCGUUUUGCCAGACGCAAGGAGGAUGCCCCAAAGCCUGGACAACCAGGGCAGGCCCCUCGUCCUGCUGGAACUGGAGCUGGAGCUGCACCGCGUGUCUGAAGAGCCAUCAAGCAGCUUUCUCUUGAUUCUUUUGCCAUGUGGAUUUUGAAUGCUGUCAAAGUAUUUCAGUAGUUGGUUCAACUUUCUAUCUAGUUUUGGGCUCAAAUGAUCUUACAUUGCAAUUCAGCAUCUUUAAACUAGUGAUUGCUGUUUUCCAAAGUAUUGAUUGUUCUAAUCUUCAUGUAAUGUUGGCGAAAAGCUGCUUGUUGAAUUUGAGAGCCAGAUUUUCACUGGAUUUGCUAUGUAACAGAAGUUCUUAUUUUUUUGAAUCAGACCGGAUCAGUGUCCGCUGUAUAUAAUGCAAUCAUUAAACUUGAAUCAUAAUAAUCAACGCGAUCAAAAUGACUAAACA